AGAAGCGACACUAAAUAGGCCGCAGUCUACUGUCUGUAGAUAAAUGUUUCGGUUAUGGCACAGCACUAAAACAACACGAGUGAAACUAUCGGUUUUAACCUGUAGAAACCUGUCGGUAAUGUCCACCUGUGGCGCGGCGGACGUUAAAAACAACAGCUCGAUUCACUCGGACAGCCUCGACGAGGUCCAUAAUGUCCCGAUGCGGGUCAUCAUCAGACCGAUUCCUCCGGUGCUGGAUGAGCUGAAAGUUCAAGGAUUGAUGAAAACAAUAAAGGAGACGGCAGACAUCCGUGUUGUUCCUCCCAUCGAUGUGCUCUGGAUCAAAGGCAGAGAGGGGGGGGAUUACUUCUACUCUUUUGGAGGCUGUCACAGGUUCGCCGCGUACCAGAGGUGGAACAUGUCGACCCUCCCGGCCAAGCUCAUCAGAUCAAACGUCUCAGACCUCGGCACUUACCUGGGAGCUUCGACGCCUGAUCUGCGGUGAUGCCGGAGCAGCACUUUUCAGAGACUUGGCUCACACACACAGCCGCCGUUUUUCUGUUGCAGCUGGGGACUGCACAGCAAAGAGUAUACCAGCAGGGGGAAAUGUAACUCUUUAGUCAAACACAUGACGUUUGUCAUUUGAAACCACAGAAAUGUCAUUUAAAGGGUGCAUAUUUAUGUGUAAAGUUGUGUUUUUUGUUAAACAUUAUUAUCAA